AUGGAGAUAGACAACCCAGGCCUUCUCAACCCGAUGGAUGAAGAAGAAAGGACUGAUCUGCAAAACAAGCUGAACGAGCAAAGACUUAAACUGGAGGAAAAUAAAAAGUACCUGGAACAAUUAAAGAACGAAAAUGAAAAUGGGACCCUUACGGCAGCAAAGCUUCAAAGACAUGGGGGAGGGGAUGACUACCUCGACCCUGACACUAUGUUAAAAAAUUUUUUGGAAUCCUUAGAAAAAGAAGAAAAAAACAUUGAUAUGCUAAAAGAACAAUUAAAUGACAACAGUGAUGUGAUGUCAUAUAUAGACAACAAUCAUCACAACCUAAUUAGUAAUAACAUUACGAAUGAUAAAUUUUUUUCUAGUCCCAAUUCUCUUGAGGAAUAUCCUGAACAAAAUUUCCUUUUUUCAAAAAAAGCUUCAGCAAAAAAUUUUAAAUUUAAAAUUAAUACUGUUGUGGCUGAAGAAAAGUCUAUAAACAUACAUAAAAAGAAUAUUAUUCACUUUGACAAAUCCAUUCAGGUUAAUGUUCUAACUGAUGCCGCUUCCCCCUAUUACCAUCUCUUACGCAAUGGUAAAAGGAAAGGUGGAAAAAUAUUCACUCUCUUUCCAACUAGCUUUUCUCAAGGGGAUGAAGACUUGAACGUGCUAAAAUUAAGUAUGACCAAGUCAGGUAAAAAAGACGUAAUUCUAAAGGAAAAAAAAAAAACAAAAUGGGAAGAUGAUACCUAUGAAGCUCGGGACACACAAAUGGGCGAAAGUGGACAUGACCAAGUUCUUGUGGAAAUUGGGGUAAGCGCAGGAAAACAAAAAGUAAAACCCUUGAAGGUUCAGAGAUCGAAGGGGGAACGAUCAAAGGAACGAUCAGAGGAACAGUCGAAGGAACCGUCGAAGGUUGAAGGAGCUCUAAGUGAGGAGGCUCAAAACAAGCAAGACGCUGACAAAACAAAACGUAUAUCGAACAGCAAGGGGUUUCUAAAUUUUUUAGAUCGCAGUUCUAAAAUCAUAGAGCGGACGUUGGGAGAACAAGAUAUGUUUAAUGCCACGUUCGAUUUUGCGGCCAAAGAUUUAUCUCCUGAUGGUGAGAGUGCAGAAAAAUUGAAGCUAGUGAACACAUAUUACUGUAAGAAGUAUACUAAUGGAAGACCAAUAACAGAUGUUAAAACAUCCAAUAUUUAUAGCGAACUAUUUUUAGCUUCCUAUGGAUUAUCCUUAACGAGUAAUUACUUAGACCCAGAUGGUUAUGUGUUAGUAUGGAACAGCACAAUGAAUGGUAGACCUGAAUAUGUAUUUACCUCCGAAUCAGCUGUAUGUACAUCUAUUUUUAAUAAAUUCAAUCCUCAUUUAAUUAUAGGAGGAACAUAUACAGGGAAUGUGGUUUUGUGGGAUAUACGAGCUAGCCAAAAACCAGUACAGAAAACUUACCUGACUGCACAAGGUCAUUUACAUCCAAUUUUUUGUGCAGAAGUGAUAGGAACACAAAAUGCACAUAACUUAGUAACGGCAGAUACAGAUGGAAGACUAUGUAAUUGGUCUCUCAGUAUGUUGACAUAUCCAUCAGAUACCAUCGAUUUGAAAAAAAUGAACAAAGAAGUAUCAUGCUGUUGUUUCUCAUUUCAAGAAGGUGAACUAAAUACUCUGUACGGAGGUUCAGAUGAUGGGUCCUUAUUUCAAGCACAAAUACAUGGAGCUAAAGUUGGAAUCACACAAUUUUAUAAUAUCCACCACGGUCCUCUAACAGCUGCUGAAUUUCACCCACUAAUUGAAGGAACUGCUGAUGAUAAUAACGAUCUCAUAUUAACAUGUUCAGUUGAUUGGUCUUGCAAAUUGUUAAGUAUAAAGGAACCAAACAAUCCCUUAUUCAUUUUUGACUCAUUUGAUGAUUAUCUAAUGGAUGUGAAAUGGAACCCUGUUCAUCCAGCAAUAUUUGCUACCUGCAGUAGCAGUGGUAAUAUCAAAGUGUGGAAUAUAUCCUAUGACCUUGAGUGUUCCUAUUUUGAUAUGACUGUUCAGGCCAAAUGCACAAAUAAAAUUGCCUGGUCAUGCGAUGGAAAGAAGCUCAUUGCUGCUGACUCAGAUGGGACCUUGACCCUGUGGAAUUCUUCCAGUGAGAUUUAUCAACCCAAGUCAGAGGACAUUGCCAAGUAUGACGCUCGAAUUCAGAAGCUACGUUCUGAAAUCCUGUCUCAGGUCCAGACGGACGCUGACACGUUUUAG